GAUUGGUUACAACACUUGAUUUAUUAAACUGAGCUUUUUACCUACAAUGCAAAUUUCUUGUGUGACCAUUACGAAAAACAUUUGGAGAUAUUUCUAUUAUGGUACAAAUACCGCGAAGGUAUUUAUUAAAUGGCCUUAUAAAAUAAGUGUACUCUACGGUCUACAAGAAAGGAAUAUAGUCUGCCCUAACAAACCUUCAUUGUACCCAAAAAAAAAAAAAAAAACAAACCUUCAUUCGUUUAUGUACUUUUUUUCCAGUCAAUAAGACCAACAUGUAUGACAUGCAUGAACAUAUUCAAACACAAAAACAACAGUCGCGAUUUUUGCAUACCAUUUUCCUCCCUAUCCACUCCUACCUUGAAAUCGAGAGUUGGAAAAAGAAGAAGAGAGCGUAGAAGAAGAAAAUGAGAACGUAAAAAUCACUUCCCAAAAGCAAAACACACACAUAUAUGCAUUGCUGUUGAAGCUGCUUCUUGUUCCUCUCUUUAAUCUCAUCCAUUGAUUAAAUUUAACGACCAAGAUUAUUUCAGUAAACAUAUAAUUCGAAGGACUAAACUGAAUGGCUAGAACAUCUCUCUCUCUCUCUAAACAAUCGUGAUAAAUUUAUCUUGCAUUCCUCUCCCUCACACGCAAUGGAAUGAUACCCUUGUGAGGGCCAUCUAUAUAAUUUCAUAACAGAAACUACUCUCUCCCACUUGUUUAAACUAACUUUGAUCCAAAAUAUAUCAAGAAAUAUGGACUCUGUGAGUUGUGUGUUGGAUGAAUUAUGCUUAGUAGAAGGAGGCAGCCGAGGGGGAAGGAUGGGUCGAAGGAGACACAACAAUGGUGGCGAAUUCAAAUCCAAAAAUCUCGUUGCUGAGAGGAAGAGAAGGGAGAAGCUCAGUGGAAGGCUCCUUGCACUACGCGCAUUGGUCCCGAAUAUCACAAAUGCAAGUCCUCAAAGCCUCCCUUAAAUUUUUCCAGUUUCCAUUAUUAACACGAGAGUAUCUCAACUAUGGUUUUUCGUGUUUCAGAUGAACAAAGCAACCAUUGUUGAGGAUGCCAUCACUUACAUCCAGGAGCUGCAGCAGAAAGUAGACUUCCUCAAAGACCAGCUUUUUGAGAUGGAAGCAUCAUCAGAAGAAACACUGCAGCCGAACAAAGAAGAAACUCAUGCUGCAGAAGAGAUGAAGAAAUUCGGGAUUCAGACAGAGGUGAAUGUGACUAAGAUUGAUGGGAACAAACUUUGGGUGAAGACAGUCCUCGAGAAGAAACGAGGCGGGUUCACAAAACUGAUGGAAGCCAUGACCGGCUUUGGCUUCGAACUCACUGACACCAGCGUCACUACCUCCAACGGAGUAAUGAUGGUUUCAUCCUGUAUAACGGUACGUCACGGUAAAAACAAAGAAAGCUCUGAAAUUCUACCUGCACCAGAAGUUAAUAUAAAUUCUAAUGAAUUUCAGGGAUUCUGCUGUGAUAAGCUCGAAGUUGAGCAAACCCGGGAAUUGAUGCUGGAGAUCAUCAAUGGCAUAUAGCAAAAGGGAAGGAUCGGAUCAUACAAACAUAUUCAAUUACAACACAACACAACACAACACAAACAACUUGAAAAAAAAAAACAGAGUUUUCUGUUUUGAUUUCUUGUUAAUUUCACCUGGCAUAUGGCAAUCCACAAAGUUAUUACAGUCAUGUUUUAUCUGAGUGAUAUUCUAGUUUAAUUUAAAUAAAGGCAUUUGAUUAAAGAAAUGGAAAGUUGUUUGGCUAGCUUGGCAACAUAAAAGAACAAAAGGGGCUGCACCAUCCCACAAACGUGUCAAUGAACAAAA